AUGGAUGCAAUCAUAUGGAAUGUCAGGUCUAACAAGGUGGAAGGAUAUAGAAGAAGGAUAUGGCUUGCUCAAGCAGUAGUGAAUGUGUCAAACAAAAUAUGGGCAUUUAUUGAUGAAGUAGACAUAAUGUAUAACAUGGUGCAGCAGCUGACUUUGAGAUUAUUCCACACUGAAACACAUGUGGAACUGAUUCUAAAUUUGGUCUAUGCAAAAUGUGAUCACAUAGAGAGAAUAGAACUGUGGGAUUCUUUAUAUACAAUGGCAUCUGAUAUGACCUCUCCAUGGCUUGUGGGGGGUGACUUUAAUGUCAUUUGGGAUGAGGAAGAGAAGUAUGGAGGAUUACCAGUGUCUUUGAAUGAAAUAGAUGACUUUAGGCACUGUGUAAACACUUGUAACUUGUCAGAUUUGGGGUUCAAAGGGAGCAUUUUCACAUGGUGGAAUGGAAGAUCUGAGGAUGAUUGCAUAUUUAAAAGACUUGACAGGUGUUUGGGGAAUGUAGAACUGCAGGAAAUUUUCCCAGGUUUGGAGGUUACUCACCUAUCUAAGACUGGCUCAGAUCACCGUCCCAUGAUGCUAAAAUGUGAUAUUGAAACACCUCCAAUCAAGAAACCUUUCAGAUUUCUGAAUUUUUGGACUAAACAUGACUCAUUUAAAGCAGUGGUGAAAGAAAACUGGACAACAGAUUUUUGUGCAAAUCCAUUUGUGUUGUUCAACCACAAACUUAAGAAGCUGAAGAAGGUUUUAUCAACAUGGAGCAGAACAACAUAUGGUGAUAUUUUUCAGAAGAUUGCUAGCUUAGAAGAAGUGGUACUUGUACAUGAAAGACACUUUGAGGCAUACCCCACUCAGUUGAAUAGAGAAAGGUUAAAGAAGGUGCAGGCAGAAAUGAUGAAAUAUUUAGCAUUGGAGGAAGAGUUCUGGAAGCAAAAGGCAGGAAUGUCAUGGUUCAAAGAUGGUGAUAGAAACACCAAAUUCUUUCAUUCCCAAGUCAGAGGAAGAAGGAAAAGGUUACAAUUAAAGAGGAUCAAGGACUGUAAUGGUUGCUGGUUAGAAGAAGAUGAAAAAAUUGCAGAAGAGGCAGUUAAUUUUUAUAGGGAACAAUUCACAGAAUCAGUUGUUCCAACAGUGUUUCACAUCAUGGAGCAUGUACCUACAUUAAUAGAGAAUGAACAAAAUGACAAACUGAUAGCAAUCCCAACAAGAGAUGAAGUUAAAAAUGCAGUGUAUGGCUUGAACGGGGAAUCAACAAGUGGACCUGAUGGAUACACAGGUGCCUUUUAUCAAACAUGUUGGGAUAUUGUGGGAGAGGAUAUUUAUGCAAUGGUGGUAGCAUUUUUUAAUGGCCAGCAGUUACCAAAAUGUGUUACUCAUACAAACCUGGUCCUUUUACCAAAAAAGAAAGAGAUCACCACAUUCUCUGACCUGAGGCCAAUCAGCUUAAGUAACUUCAUUAACAAGAUUUUCUCAAGAGUUAUUCAUGAAAGAUUGGUAGAAUUAUUGCCUGGUAUAAUUUCAGAAGAACAAGCAGGAUUUGUGAAGAGGAGGAGUAUAGUGGAGAAUGUAUUGUUAACACAGGAGAUUAUAACAGAUAUUAGGCUCAGAACUAAAGCUGGGCCAAAUGUGGUGAUUAAAUUAGAUAUGACAAAGGCAUAUGACAGGGUAUCAUGGCUGUUUCUAACUAAAAUGCUAAGGAAAUUAGGCUUUUGUGAAAGAUUCAUUGGGAUGAUCUUUGAUUUGGUAGGCAACAACUGGUAUUCUGUAUUGGUCAAUGGUCAAGCUCAUGGCUUCUUUAAAUCUUCAAGAGGGGUUAAACAAGGAGAUCCCUUAUCUCCAACCUUGUUUAUCCUAGCUGCUGAAGCACUUUCAAGGGGCCUAAACUCACUGCACCUAAACCUAUACUUCUGUGGCUUUGGACUGCCCAAGUGGAGUCCAAAAAUUAAUCAUCUAGCAUAUGCAGAUGAUACCAUCAUCUUCUGCUCAUCAGAUGCUACCUCCUUGAGGUUAGUAAUGGAAAUUCUUCACCUAUAUGAAGCUGCUUCAGGACAGUUGAUUAACAAAACUAAAUCAGCUGUAUAUAUGCAUCACUUAACUGACUCAGAGGUUGUUAGAAAGGUUGAAAAGGUAACAGGCAUAGAGAGGCAGGAGUUUCCCUUCACAUAUUUGGGGUGUCCUAUAUUAUGCAAGGAGAAAAUUGGAAUAUUACCAACCUAUGAUAUCAAAGAUUAUGGACAAACUACAAGCAUGGAAAGGAAAGAUAUUAUCUAUUGGUUACACAAGAUUUUUGCACAAUUUUUCUGGAGUAGUGCUGUGGGAGGUCAAAGUAGGCAUUGGGCAUCAUGGUCUACAUUAUGUAUGCCAUGUGAAGAGGGAGGAAUAGGAUUCAGGUCACUACAUGAUGUGUCUAAAGCUCUCUUUUGCAAAUUGUGGUGGAAUUUUAGGACUAAGCCAAGUCUAUGGAGUUCAUUUAUGUGUCAGAAGUACUGCAAGAAACUUAAUGCAGUAAUUGUGCCAUGGAGGGAAGGAUCUCAAGUAUGGAGAAAAAUGCUUGAAUGCAGAGACUUAAUAGAACAUCAGAUCAUUUGGAAGGUGAGAAUGGGAUCCUUUAUGUUUUGGUAUGAUAAUUGGACUGGGUUGGGAGCUCUUUAUUUUCUAGUACCACAGAACUUUGGUAUUGAUGAAGAUAUAAUCAAUGUGAGUGAUUUAGUGAUCAAUGGAGCAUGGGAUACUAAUAGGCUACUGCAGAUUCUUCCAGAAGAUUUAGCUAUGCAUAUUAUAGAGAAGAUUCCUCUUCCCUCCCAGCAGAAUGUCCUUGAUACUCCAUUUUGGAUGCUUGAAUCUAAAGGCAAUUUCUCUGUGAAGACAGCAUGGGAAUAUUUGAGAAGAAGAGAAGAUCCUAGGGUAGCCUAUAAGAUGAUUUGGGUGAAAGGGCUGCCUUUUAAAAUUUCUUUCUUUAUGUGGAAAGUUUGGAAGACUAAAUUACCCCUGGAUGAUUUUAUGAGAAGGCUUGGGUACUUUAUGCCAUCUAAAUGCUGGUGUUGUGUUGCACCUAAGGAGGAAUCUCCUGUACACUUAUUUUUUACAUCAAAGGCUGCUGAAACAGUAUGGAGAUAUUUCUUACCAAGAGCAGGAAUUGCAGUUCAAGAUCUGACAUUUCACCAGGCCAUUACAAAAUGCUGGACUGCACAAGUUGUUACUAGAUUGAAGACAAUACUGCAGGCUUUACCUGCUUGUAUUGUGUGGGAGUUGUGGAAAAGAAGGAACAGUUUGAAGUAUGGAGAAGCAGUGUCAGUGAGUAGGGUGAUCUAUCAGGUUUCUACCACAAUACAAAACCUGGUACAAUUAAGGAAACCAGGCUUAAAGAUCCCUCACAGGUGGUCUAACCUUUUGUACAUGAUGGAACAUUAUACCCCAACCUUGAAGUAUGAGAAGGUAUUAUGGGAGUUUCCUGAAGUUGGAUGUAUAAAGAUCAACACUGAUGGAGCAUGCAGAGGAAAUCCAGGGAGAAGUUCUAUAGGUUUUUGCAUAAGAAAUGAAGCAGGGGACUUAAUAUAUGCACAAGGGAAAGAGAUCAAAGAGGGAACAAACAAUGAAGCUGAAGCUACAGCAAUUGUGGAGGCUUUGAGAAAGUGCAGAAUAAUGAAUCUUAAUAGGGAGGGUAAUUCCUUGGCAGAUCAUCUAGCAAAUUAUGCCUUAGAUGUGGGAGACAUUGAGUGCUAUGAUUUCUGGGACUUAGAUGUUCAAGGUACAGCUAUGCUAUCUAUAUUCUAUAUAUUAAGGAAUCCUCAGGUUGUGGUAUUAGUACUAAGUACUCAGCCCACCGGGGAGGAAUUAAUUGUAGAGUAUAGUAUAGUAUCUAGGAUGGCCACAGAUUAUAUCUUAAAGAAUGAGCUAUACAAGGUCAUGAAAGCAUCAAGUGUGAGGCUGAUAAGGGUGCUACAUUUCAUUUCUAGCAUCCUAAUACAUGCUAAGAAUUGCAAAUUAUCACAUAAAAAAGGAGAAAAACACAGAAGAAGCAUACUAAUAUUAGAAGCAACAAAUAAGCAAGCUAAGAUCUGGUGGCUUUAUGCCACACAUGUUGCAGACAGCAAAAUUCCCAUUUGCAGGGAAUCUUUCAGCUGGAUGAUGCAACUGAGUAACAUAUGCAACGAAUACAAGGGGGAAUUAAAGGAAUUACAUACAGGGAGUCAGGCUUACAAUGAUAAAAAAGGAAAAAUCGUCAGGUGCAGUAAAGGGGCAAGAUUCAAAUGCAGCCCAAAUAGAGCAACACUGUGCAAUAUUCUGAAUCAAGGCAUCACCCAUGGAGCUCUGCAAUCCAUCUCCUUCAAGGCAGAGAUAGUAGGCAGGAGGGGCCAUCUUCAGGCAUAUAGAAAUUGCAACACUUCCAGGCAAGGGCUCUACUCAGGUAAAAUCACGAGGAUACAAGCAAGGGACUCUAUUCACAAACAAAUUGGAGAAGAUAACACAGGAAGAAGGACAAGGAUGAAAGGUGAAGAGUUAAUCUGGGGUUUCGUUACACUCUAUGUGAGCUAUAGAUAUAAACCAACGGAGAAAUGGAGUGUAAAUGAAAGAUACAGUGUAAUAAAGUGGAAUAUAAAUGGUGAAGUGCAAGGCAACACGUGUACAAAGAAUAGGAAGAAAUCAAAAUGGUUACAAGUGCAAUAUAGGACAGGGGAAUGUGGAAUUAAUUGUGGCUACAUAUGCAAUUCAAAUGUGACGUUGGGCUGGGCUGCGGAAGUUCGGAACUGGGCGACAAAAACUGGGCGAAAAAACUUGGGCUAA